GUAAAUACAAUAAUUUUACACGAUUGAAAAAAAAAUCAAACAGAACGAUAUUUAAACCCGAUAAUAGUAAUAAUUAUGAUGAUAAUAAUAACACAGAUGUAAAACACGACGUGGUGAUGCGACAGCUGUUCGGUUUAUUUAUUUAGAUUCACGAAACGCGUUGAAAUGAGUCUGGAGCGGGAACGCACUCGAUCCGAGCACAAGACUCUGUCUCUGUCACACAGAGAUUACAGAACCAUCCGGAAGAUCGGAGAGGGAACGUUUUCUGAAGUUAUGAAGGUCCAGAGUCUGAAGGACGGAAAACUUUACGCCUGUAAAACCAUGAAACAACCCAUCGAGAGUGUGGAUCAGGCUCACAGUCUCAGGGAGGUUCAAGCCAUGAAGCGUUUGGGUCCCCAUCCCAACAUCCUGCAGCUUCAUGAGCUCGUUUAUGAUAAAGACACAGGAACGCUGUCACUCAUCUGUGAACUCAUGGACAUGAACAUAUACGAGUUUAUUAAAGGCCGCCAGUGUCCUCUAGCAGAGAGUAAAGUCAAGCACUACAUGUUCCAGCUGUGCCGCUCUCUGGAUCACAUGCACAGUCAAGGCAUAUUCCACAGAGACGUGAAGCCUGAGAACAUCUUGAUCAAAAAUGAUGUGCUGAAGCUGGCAGACUUCGGCUCCUGCAGGAGCAUCUUCUCCAGACCUCCUCACACGGAGUACAUCUCCACACGCUGGUACCGAGCACCUGAGUGCCUGCUGACCGACGGACACUACUCCCAGAAGAUGGACGUCUGGAGCGCCGGAUGUGUCUUCUUCGAGAUCCUCAGUCUGAGCCCUUUAUUCCCCGGCCGGAAUGAGUUAGACCAGGUCAACAAGAUCCACGAUGUGCUGGGCACGCCGGACAUCAAGCUGCUGCAGAAGUUCAAACAGUCUCGUGCGAUGCGCUUUGAUUUCCCUCCUCGCAAAGGCUGUGGGAUUUCCCAUCUGAUCCCUCAGUGCUCUGCAGCUGCGCUGUCUCUGCUGCACCAGAUGCUGACCUAUGACCCCGAGGAGCGCAUUAGCGCCCGCGCAGCACUGCAGCACCCCUGCUUCAGAGACCUGCGGAUGUCUGAGAGGAAAGCAGUGAGUCUGCGGAAGGCACUCGGAGCUGUAGAAGGAGAAUCCAGCGGGAUUCCUGCAUCCGUGGAUCAGCUGUGGAGAAUCGCGCGGCAGGGUAGACGACAGGUACCUCUUCACAGCAUGCAUCUCAAGUUCGCCGGUGACCCGCUCAGCCGACGAAACGCCUCGCAUUUCCCUCUGGAGCUACCAAAACUCAAUGUGGUGGGCCCCACGCCCAGCAUCCCUUACCCAGUGUCCAGCUUCCCAGCGCUGACCGCUUCACACCGCGCCUCUCUGCCUGCCAUCUCCAAGAAGUGCCACUCUCGUCUGGCUAAACCCAAAGAAGAGCCACACCGUGUCAAGAGCUACUACAUGCCUCCGCUGGAGCGCCGUCCAGACCAGUGCUGACCACUGAAGACAUUCACACCCGCCGUCUGUCUCUGGUUCCAGUGGGCUGGCUUCAACAGACCAAAAACAUCAACAGUUAAAUGUCACAUUACAUAAUAAAAGUCACAAAGACACAAAGAAACAUGCAGUUUUCAAACCAGUACAAGAUGAUAUUUGCAUGGGUUUCCUGGCUGACCAUCUGUCUCAGAUCAUCUGACCUAACCGCAGUUUAUUUGUUUCAGAUUGUUGAAAGCAGAUUCUAUAGAAAUGGAUGUAACAAAUGUAGAAUGUGAUUGUGCUGCUUUCCAUUAGACCCAGAGCAGACCAAUGAAUCUCGAAACGAGACGGAUUACAGCAGAGAGAGCACGUGCCAUUCCAGCUGCGUAUUCCUGGUGUUACUCUACUUUUAUAUUUGCACAGACUUUCGUGAAUAUUAUGGGAUGAAAGUUAAACAGGACCAUGAGCAGCACUGGUUUGCUAUUGAGAGACAUUUCCACAAGUGGACUUCAUAGUCGUGAAUAAAGGUGUUUAACUGAACACUGCAGAUAGCAAUGCUUCGACAGCUCACUGUAGACAUCUGAUGUUUGUGAUGCCUUUAAAUGUCCUCGAACGCUAGCCGUCACGACACCAACACAUCUUACCAUUGGCCAUACACUCUAAAUUAUACCAGUAUAAAUAAAACAUCUUAAAUUAAUUCCAAAAAGGGUCUUAGCAACAGAAGUGUCAAACAUAUUUAAAGGUUAUGAUUGUUGGUUUCACCUGCUGACGUACAGUAGAACUAAAAUAUAUAAAUUCUCCAAAAUAGGACCAAAAAGGUUAUUCAGUUUU